AAGUUUUAACAGGAUAUCACUGCACAAAAAGGAAAAUGUCAUUUGCUCAUCGCUCUCUGUGAGAGAGGAAUGAUGGGUAUCUUUGGGUAUUAGCUCCAAGAAGUUCAGAUUUGACUCAUUUUUCUGAUAAACUAGUACGCAAACUUUGAGGAGGUUUAGAGAAAACUCUGCUGUAGCAAAACUUGCCAUUAAUGGAAGCAUAUUGCCGAGGAUCAUAUGUUGGGAGAUCAAGGAUCAGUACAUCUCAAAAUCGAUACUCCGAUUCCACACUUCUUAAAUCAAGAGCUAAAGGCUCUCCAGGCCCACGUCUUGUUCCGCUUUCUAGGCUUACUGAUAGCUUCUUAGAUAUAACUAACAGUGUCUACUUGGAGGAAGUUCAAAGAGCUUGGGAUGCUGAUACUACUAGUGUUGAUGAGUCAUGGGAUAGUUUCUCAAGAGAGUAUGCGUUUAUUGUUGAUUGUGGGAGUAUAUCAGGUUAAUGGUCACAUGAAAUCCAAGUUGGAUCCCUUGGGAUUGGAAGAAAGGAAAAUUCCUGAUGAGUUGGACCUUGCACAUAAUGGAUUCUCGGAAGCUGAUCUUGAUCGGGAUUUUUUUUGGGGGAUGUGGAAAAUGUCCGGAUUUCUGUCUGAGAGCCGUCCCACUCAGACCCUCAGAUCCGUUUUGAUCCGUCUUGAGCAUGUAUAUAGUUAGUGAAAGGUAACCAUGCCAGACUAAGUAGACAGAAUGUUGAAAGAGGCACCUUCAGCCAUAGACACACAGUUCUUCAGCCAUAGACACACAGUUCUUCAGCCAUAGACACACAGUACUGUCCUCUUGAUCAUGUUAUCAACAGCUCUCUUUCAAGUUUGGCGUUCUUGGAUUUGAGUUGGUUAUUUAAUGGAUAACCCCAACGCAAUGGUAAUGUAGGAAGCUCAAUUUGGUGAUUAUGCUUAUGGGGCUCAGGUAUAUUUGAUCAGUUCUUAAUUAGAGGAGAAUCAAAGUGGCUGCGACAAACAGGACUUGUGGUGAUGGCAAGAUUGGAGCGUUUUCUUCAGAAGAGUGAUGACAACCCUUUGCUUACACCUGAGAUGGAUCCUACUCUUAGGAAGCAAAUCCAAGAAUGCAAUUGGCAAGUUGUGAAUGCUUCAACUUCAGUUAAUUACUUCGAUGUUCUGAGGCGUCAAAUUCACAGGGAACUUUGAAAACCUCUCAUUGUGAUGUCUCCCCAGAAACCUUCUUCAUCAUAAAGAUUGUAGAUACAAUCUAUCUUAGUUUGAUGAUGUAAGAAACCACUCAGGUUUUGACAAGUAUGGGACUAGAUUAAGCGCCUUAUCAAGGACCAAAAUCUGCACUCUGAUCGUCAAGAAGGUCCAUUUAGAGAGUCUGAGAUGGAUUGCAAUUAUAAAGGCCUUCUACGCUUUCAUCAGAAUUGGAAUUUCCACAGAAUGCCUGAGGAAUCACACGUCCCCUUGUGGAAGCUGAGAGGGAUUGCAUUUUUAAUUUUCAAUGCUCAUAUUUUCAUUUUCUCCUCUCUUUAAUUAGGUGAUAAAUGGAAAUGAACUGUAUCUGUUCUCUUAUUAUAUUGAUUUUUGACUUCGCCAGAAAUUUCUGAUUCCACAGCGGCACUUUCUCCACUCAAAGGCUAAUUUGGGAUCAACUUGCACUUAGAAUUGCAGGAGAUAGUGGCAGUGUGGCAUAUUUUAAAAGUGCAGAAAGAAGUUUCAUUUUUGCAGAAUAUGAGAAAAAGCUAACAAGGAAUGUCUAUUAUCUCCAAGGCUGCUCUAAACCAAGGAAUGAACCAACUUGUUACCAUUGUUUAUCGUUACUCUAUUGGUGCCAUUGUUGUUGCUCCUUUUGCCUUUGUCUUGGACAGGAAAAUAAGACCAAAGAUGACUCUUAGGAUCUUCGGCAAGAUCCUUCUACUGGGAUUGCUCGAGCCUGUAAUAGCUCAGAGCUUGAUUUACUCUGGUACUAAAUACACCACUGCAACUUUUGCAACUGCCAUGUGUAAUAUUCUUCCUGCCUUUGCGUUUCUAAUGGCUUGGAUUUGCAGAAUGGAGAAGGUGAAUAUUAGAAGAUUACGAAGCCAGGCGAAGAUUUUAGGCACUUUAGUGACAGUAGGAGGAGCAAUGAUGAUGACUCUUUUAAAAGGACCCAUGUUGAAUUUGCCUUGGACAAAAGAGAACCACAUCCCUCACUCUUACUCCACCCUUGCAAACAAGCAAGAACCUGUUAAGGCUGCCAUUGUUAUUACCAUUUCAAGUAUCUGUUCCUCAGCCUUCACCAUUCUUCUGGCGCAUACAAUAAGAUCAUACCCAGCUGAGCUUACACUAACAACUUUCAUAUGCUUGGCUGGAGCUGUGGAAAGUACUAUUUUAGCUUUAGCAUUUGAAUGGAACAAUCCAGCCGCAUGGGCCUUACAUGCAGAUUCCAUACUCUUAGCUGCCCUCUAUGGUGGAAUAAUAUCCUCUGGAAUUGCUUAUUAUAUCCAAGGAGUGGUGGUGAAGCUAAAAGGACCUGUGUUUGUAACUGCAUUCAAUCCUCUCAGCAUGGUCGUAGUUGCUGUGAUAAGUUCAUUCAUAUUUGCCGAGAGACUGCGCUUAGGAAGGGUUAUUGGAGCAGCUGUGAUAAUUACAGGCCUUUACUUGGUUCUGUGGGGCAAGAGCAAAGAUCAACUUCCAUUAAAAGUGGGGAAUGAUGAAUUACCAACUUCACACCAAAACUCAGCCACCACAAACCAGCAGCAGCUUCCAAAACCGGAUGCCCCAACAGCAGCAAGCAACUCCAGUGCUUGAAUUAUUGGAACACAGCCCUCCAAAGGAGAAACAAUUGAUAUUAUUGGAACUUCCAAGGCAUGGUUCCAUGAAGCCCAAUUGAUUCUUUCUUUUUGCAAGAGUUUUAUUAGAGAUUGAAUUAAACUUUUCAUUUAUUAAUCCCAUUAAUGGCCUAUCCAGUCCACUUGAUCCCAAGUUUGCAACACUUUUUUAAGAAUGAAAAUGGAUAAGAAAUUGCAGUAGCUGGCUGGCUGGCUGUGUUCUAAAUCCUAGUCACCUCAUAUUCCCCACCCUCUUUCUUUAUUGAAAUAUGAUGUGGAUGCAAUUUCACAAUGGAUAUCUAAUAUGGAAAUGGAAAUAUGAGAUGGAAUACCAUUGCAGCAAUAAAUAUAAAUUUUUCUU